CCGCUCGGCUGAACCCCGGCUGCUUCCUGUCUGAACAGCUUCCUGCCGACCUCAAUAAGAUGCACCUCACCGACCACGCCCACCAGCAGGUCAUGCACAUGGCUCCCAGCCAAUCGGGAUGCAGCAUCGCCAGCGACUCGGGGAGCAGCAGCCUGUCGGAUAUCUACCAGGCCACAGAGAGCGAUCUGGGAGAUGUCGAUCUCUCCGGACUUCCGGAAACUGCGGUGGACAGCGAAGAAGAGGAGGAGGAAGAUGAAGAUCUGGAGAGGGCCUCGGACACGCUCCUGAGCAGAGACUUGGUUCGGGAGUGCCUGGAAAAGGAUCCCGCUGACCGCAAUGACGACGACAUCGAGCAACUGCUGGAGUUCAUGCAUCAGCUGCCGGCGUUUGCCAACAUGACCAUGUCUGUGCGGAGGGACCUGUGCAGUGUCAUGGUGUUCGAGGUGGUGGAGCAGGCCGGCACGGUCCUACUGCACAACAAACAAGAGCUGGACCACUGGUAUGUGAUCCUGAACGGGGCGGUGGAGAUCAGCUACCCGGAAGGCAGAGUGGAGAACCUCUGCAUGGGCAACAGCUUCGGCAUCUCGCCCUCCCUGGACAAGCAGCACAUGAUCGGAGAGGUCCGCACCAAAGGGGACGACUGCCAGCCGGCCGCGAUGGUUUUGGAGCUCCGCUCCAUCUCGAAUCCGGCCGUUUUGAAGGAGCGGAGCGGGCCCGUCCCCCCCAUGUCGCGCUCCCACGCCUCCUCCGUGCUGCUGCUGGAGUACCCCACCGUGGUGCGGAGCAGCGUGCUGCUGUACCGCAAGUUCACCCGCUGUCCCCAUGUCGUCCUCGACCAGUUCGUCUGCAUCGCCCAGGAGGACUACUGGCGCAUCCUCAACCACGUGGAGAAGAACACGCACAAGGUUGAGGAGGAAGGGGAGAUUGUGAUGGUGAAGGAACUCCGCGAGCUCGACCGCAGCGGGACAAGGAAGGGCCACAUAGUCAUCAAGGGAACCCCGGAGCGUCUUAUCAACCACCUGGUGGAGGAGCCGUCGGUGGUGGACCCCACCUACAUCGAAGACUUCCUCCUGACCUACAGGACCUUCCUGUCCAAUCCGAUGGAGGUCGGCACCAAGCUCCUGGAGUGGUUCCUGGUGGACAGCCUCCGGGACACGGUAACAAGGAUCGUCUUAUUGUGGGUCAAUAACCACUUCAAUGACUUUGAGGGGGACCAAGCGAUGACGCGCUUCCUGGAGGAUUUUGAGAAACAUCUAGAAGAUACAAAAAUGAAGGGCCAUUUGAGGCUGCUGAACAUUGCCUGUGCUGCCAAAGCAAAGUGGAGACAGAUCACUCUGCAAAAGGUGUCCAGGGAGUCGCCGCUGGGCUUCAGCGUGCAAGGCGGCAGCGAGAGAGGAUUUGGCAUGUUUGUCGAAUCGGUGGAGGAGGGAAGCAAAGCGUCAGAAGCCGGACUCAAGAGAGGAGACCAGCCGAGCCCUGUGGGGCCUGGAGCGGUCGGUGGGUGCCGGUGUUUCGAGGCUGGCCGGUAUGAAAGGGACAAAGAAAAGGAUGCUGCAAAGGCAGAUGACCUGAAAAUCAUGGAGAUCAACGGUCAGAACUUUGAGAACAUCUCCUUCUCCAAAGCUGUCGACAUCCUGAGAACCAACACUCAUCUCGCCCUCACUGUCAAAACCAACAUCUUCGUCUUCAAGGAGCUCCUGAGCAGGAUCGUGCACGAGAAGAAGAACGGCGGCCCCCACAUCCCAAAGAUCCAAGAGAAAAAAGGGAAUCGCUUCUCCAUCCCCGACCUCCCCGGAGACAUGGAGUUCCCCACGGACCACAAGAGCACCCGCAAAAUGAAGGCCAACACUGUGUCCGGAGGGAGAAACAAGAUCAGGAAGAUGCUGGAAAAGACUCGCUUCAGCAUUCUGCCGCCCAAGCCCUUCAGCGAUGGAGGCUUGGGUCAGUCUCAGGACGACAGCAUCGUGGGCACCAAGCAGUGCCGUCACAGCGUGGCCAUCAUGCCCAUCCCGGGAAACCUGUCGUCCAGCAGCCCGGACCUGCUGCAGCCCGCCACCAGCGUCCUGGACUUCUCCAACCCCGCCGACAUCCCGGACCAGGUUAUAAGGGUAUUCAAAGCGGACCAGCAGAGCUGUUACAUCAUCAUCAGCAAGGACACCACAGCCAAGGAUGUGGUCAGCCACACGGUCAACGAGUUCGGCCUCAUCGAGCCGCCCGAAAACUUCUCCCUGUGCGAGGUCUCCGUCAGCCCGGAGGGGGUCAUAAAACAGCGCCGCCUGCCCGACCAGCUCUCCAAACUGGCCGAUCGGAUUCAGCUCAACGGCAGGUACUACCUUAAGAACAACAUGGAGACUGAGACAUUAUGCUCCGACGAGGACGCCCAGGACCUCCUCAGAGAGAGUCAGAUCUCUCUGCUGCAGCUCAGCACCAUGGAGGUGGCCGCCCAGCUGUCCAUGAGAGACUUCGAACUCUUCAGGAACAUCGAGUCCACCGAAUACGUGGACAACCUAUUCAAGCUGGACUCCUCUGCUGGAAGCGGAAACCUGAAGAAGUUCGAGGAGGUGAUAAACCAGGAGACCUUCUGGGUCGCCACGGAGAUCUUAAAAGAGCCCAACACGCUGAAGAGGAUGAAGACCAUCAAGCACUUCAUUAAGAUCGCCCUGCAAUGCAGAGAGUGCAAAAACUUCAACUCCAUGUUCGCUAUUAUCAGCGGGCUGGACUUGGCGCCGGUGGCUCGGCUGCGGAGCUCGUGGGAGAAAUUGCCCAGCAAGUACGAGAAGCUCUUCGGGGACCUGCAGGACGUCUUCGACCCGUCCAGGAACAUGGCCAAGUACCGCAACGUGCUGAGCAGCCAGAGCAUGCAGCCGCCCAUCAUCCCGCUCUUCCCCGUGGUCAAGAAGGACCUCACUUUCUUACACGAAGGCAACGACUCCAACGUCGACGGCCUCGUGAACUUUGAGAAGCUGAGGAUGAUAGCCAAGGAGAUCCGGCACGUGGUCCGGAUGACCUCGGCCAACAUGGACCCUGCCCUCAUGUUCAGACAGAGGUCGGAAGAAGAGGUGGAAGAGUUUAGGGGCAGCACCAACUCCAACAUGCUGGACGUUCAGGUCGGCGCCCACAAGAAGCGCGUCCGGCGCAGCUCUCUGCUCAACGCCAAGAAGCUGUACGAGGACGCUCAAAUGGCCCGGAAGGUGAAGCAGUAUCUCUCUAACCUCACCGUGGAGACGGACGAGGAGAAACACCAGAUCAUGUCCCUCCAGUGCGAGCCGUCCUACAGCACCUUGAGCAAGAACCUGAACGAGAGGCGAUCCACAAAGUCGGACAUGUCUCCGGUGUCGCUGCGGUCGGCUCUGCCUUCAGGAAAAGCUCAAAACCGGGUGUCACAGGUCCUUCAGGUCCAGGUCCCUCUGAACCCUCUACGGAAGAAGAGCACAGCCAAAGACAUCGGCGCAUCCAACUCGAACUCGCCCCAGGUGGUGAAGAAACCUCCAACGACCUCAUCGGAUGAGUGGAACGCCAAGAGACCGUCUGAUGACACGGUUUCCACCAUCUCGUCCCUUCACUCCAGCCCCACAGUGUCCCCUCAGGGCUCCCCGCGCAAAGUGGGAGGCGUGGCAAAGUCCCAGAACUCCAGCCAGAUGAACUUGUCCGGGUCCUCCUCGUCGCUGACCAGCGACGCCAGCACAAAGACGGGCACGGUCAGCCUGCGCAGCUACGGCAUAGGUGGGGCCCUCCUCCACAAGAGGAUCCUGCAGAUGACCAGGCAGCACAGCCGAGAGAGCAGCAGGGACAGGGAGGCAGAGCAGGAGGAAGGCGGCGAGGACGCCGCGCAGCACGAGUCCCAGGCAGCGCAGGGAGGCUCGAGUUUAUCAGAGCCAAGGCGAGGAAGACCCAGGCAGCAGAGUAGGCGGGCUGCUCAGGCAGAUGCAGGGCCGGCCAUGCUAAGAGCGAGAUCAGGAAGCCCAGCAGGGAUUUGUUUCGGGACGCGUAUAGAGCGUCCCGCGGUCCACACCGGGUCUCUGCCCAGACCUUCAGGUCUGGAACUCAACACCCUAUCCCCGCCUCCCUCUCCUUGUUUCACGAGGCCCAAAGCGCCCGAGUCGCCCAUCAGGACGAGGCUAAUGUCGCCCCUUAGAAAACUGAGGGAGAGGAGUCAGUCCAGGGACAGGCCAGAAGAAAAGAGAACUGAAGGAGCAGCAGCGUCUUCCCCUCAGGUUGAGGCAGAGCAGAGAGCCAGGAGAUCAGCCAGCCCCAACCCCUUCCUCUGGCUGUGCAGAGACAGACACGCCAGGAGAAAGACAUUAAAGAGGAUUACCGAGGGCUUAUUCGUGUUCCUGGCUGGUUUGAUGGCAGGUUACGCCCUCCUCCCGACCGGGAAGGCGGACAACCUGUCGGACUCCAGCCACAGCGAGAUCUCCUCUCGCUCCAGCAUCUGCUCGGUGGACUCGGUGCCGCCUCCUGGGCCCGAGGACCGCUCCUCCUCCUCGGCCCGAGGCCCCACACCGCGAGGCUGCGCCUUCAUCUCCUCCAACUCCACCGAAGAGCUGACCCCGGACCACGCCUCCCUGGACUCGGUGGCGGACAGCGGCCGCGGCAGCUGGACGUCCUGCUCCUCCAACUCUCACGACUCCUUCCAGAGCCUGCCGGCCUCCUCCUGCAGGCCCUGGGACCACGGCAUCCACGGCCACCCGCUGGCCCUGCCGCACGCCCACCUGGCCGCCCUAAAGCACCCGCACCCGGCCAGGCCCCCCGCCGCCGAGCCAGACGCCACCGCCGCCCGACCGGCGUGGGCCGGAGAGGACAACGCCACCGCCAAGCAGCACCCCAGAGACUCGGCCCCGGAGCCGCCCGGCCAGCUGCGGCAGAGCUGGGCGUCGUCCAGCUCGCUCUCGGACAACUACGAGGGGAACUACGGCACGGUGAGGCGGAGGAACACCUCGGACACGCCCUCCUCGCCGGUCAGCGAGGAAGGAGGGCAGAGCGUGGACCCCGCCUACAAAACGGUGACGUCCAGCACGGAGAAGGGCCUGAUAGUGUACUGUGUCACCUCCCCCGCAAAGGACGAGCGUUACCGAGCUCCCCCUCCCACCCCUCCAGGCUACCAGGGUCUGGCCCUGGGGGACCUGGGCCUGGUGGACGGAGUGACCGGCGGCGGGCCGGGCUCUCCGGCCCCUCGGCCCCCUCACCUCAAGCCGCCGGACUACAGCGUGGCCCUGCAGAGGAGCAAGCUCCUGCAGAGCCCCGGGGCGGCGGGGGGGCUGGCCGAGGCCCGGCGGCUGCAGCUCCGGCACCAGGACGCCCGGACGGCGGCCGGCCACUCCAGACCGCCCAGCGUCUGCCGCCCGCCCCAGGAGCUGGCCGACAGCGAGGACGUAUACAGAGAAAAAAAGGCAGAAAUUAAUCAAAGUUAUUGA